CUCUCCAGGCCCUGUCUCCCCACCACCUCCACCUCCUUUCUCGUUUGCUGCUCUCAGUUUCCUGCCUACAGGGUCUCCUGGGCUCCAGGCCCGAAUCCUUAAGGAGCUGGAAUCUUCCAUGCCUUGGGGAGGAUGAAGACUCGGGCCUGCCACCAGCCCCAUCUCCUAAGAGGGAAAAAUAAAUGGUUUUUGCGGUCCCUCAGCGGCUUCCUCUUCCUGUUCUCAGUGGCCAUGACUGGCUGCUUCCUGUGGCAGUACCACCUCCCCAAGCUGCAGGCUGGUUCCUUGAAGCCAGAGGUGACCCCAGCCCCAGUGAAGAUGUGUCCCCGGCACCCCGAGCUUGUGCCUCUGGCUCACCCCCUCCCAGUGCUGAAGGAGGCCUUGGAGAAGGUGGAUGGAAUUCUGCGCAAGGCAAUGUCGGCCCCAGGCCUGGCUGCCAUGUCUGCCCUUGUCAUCCACAAUGACACCGUGCUCUGGACUGGGAACUUUGGAAAGAAGAAUGGCUCAGAUCCCAAUUCUGGAACCCCUAAUGAGUACACCAUGUACCGGAUCGCCAGCAUCUCCAAGAUCUUCCCUGUGCUUAUGCUGUAUCGCCUGUGGGAUGAGGGCAUCGUGGCCUCAUUGGAUGACCCUCUGGAGCGCUAUGCCAGCACCUUCUCCAUCAACAACCCGCUGGGCAAGGCCCAAGACCCUGAACCACAGGGCCCAGUGGGGGAAUAUGAAGAGAUGGGCUUCCUCCCAAGGCCGUCUUCUGUCACGCUCCGGAGGAUGGCUAGUCAGUUGUCAGGACUUCCCCGAAGGCUGCGGGGCACCUCGCUGUUGUGGAGGGGCAGCACCCAGGAGGCUCUGAGCCUGCUCAGGGAUGAUGUCCUGGUGGCUGACCCAGGAACCAGGUGUCACUACAGCACUCUGGCCUUCUCGCUCCUUGCCCAUGUGCUGGCUGCGCACACGGCACAGGGAGACUAUGAACGCUGGGUGUCUGAGCAGGUCUUGGAGCCGCUGGGGAUGAGCGACACUGGCUUUGCACUGACUGGAGCUGUGCGUGCUCGCCUGGCAGCUGGCUUCUACGGCAGCGGCCGGUCCGCACCGCUCUACGACCUGGACUGGUACCGGCCAUCAGGCCAGAUGUACUCAACGGCUGCAGACCUGGCCAGGCUGACGGCUGCGCUACUUGGCGCAGGGUCCCGACGGCUGCUGCGGCCCGACAGCCUGGCCACGCUGCUGUCACCACUGCGCGCCUGUGCCCACGACUACUUCGCCCGUGAAACCGGCACACCCUGGGAGUUCCACGAGCGGUGUGGAUACAGAGUGGCACGCAAAGACGGAGACUUGGACGGCUAUGCUGCCAGCCUGGCGCUCGUGCCACCGCUGCGUUUGGGGUUUGUGCUGUUGCUGGCGGGGCCGCGCCCAUCCACUAGUGACCUGGUGGCUGACGCCCUGGACAUGCUGCUGCCCGCUCUGGAUCAUGCAUUGCGCGAUGCUGAGCGCGUCCCCGCGCCCCCGCCCCACGCGCGCCCAUUCGCCGGCUUCUUCACAUUCGCCAACCGCACCUUCUACGAGGUGCGCGCCGCGGGGCCGCGGGGCGAGCUGCGCUUGCGCCAGUUUGGGCCACGCGUGGAGGCGCUCGUGCCCGCCGCCUUCCGAUCGCUCGCCCUGCGUCAUGUGCGCGGACGAGUCUUCCAGCUGCACGUGGCCCGCGAAUUCCCUUGCACUCUGCCGCUCGCCGACGCCUGGCUGUCUCUGGAGGCGCAACACGGGCAGUUGGUGCGUUUCUACCCGCUGGACCGCCACGGGCUGGCACCAGGCUUCGACGUGCCUGGACUCAAUACCUAUGGAGUGCUGCGCCUGCAGCGCAGGCCGGUGUUCGGCUCUCAAUGAGUUGGGAAUCCUUGCUGGAGCCUCCGCACACGCGCACUCACCCAUGCCUUUGCAUUGCCCAUGCAUGAAACCCUCCUCAUGCCCCCAGCCUGCCCACACCAGCCUGCAGUUCUCCUCUUACCUGCAACCUCCCCUCUAGCCUCUCUCCCCCACGUUACCUGCCACCCUCUCAUCUCCCCCACCCCCAUAGCUUCUUCCCCCCACUUCAGCCUCUCUUCCCCGCAGCCUCCCCUGCAUGGUGUCUAUCCAGCUCUAGUCUUGUCCUUCCUCCAGCUUCCCACCCGAUGUUUGAGGGAGGCCCACCAGAGAACACAAUAGUUGGCAAAGUGGAAUCUUCUUGGACAGCAGCUGGUUUCAAAGUGCCCUUAUUCACCUGGGAAGAAGAGUUAUAUGGGAAUUUACAGUAAGCACUUAAACACUUAGGCAUUGACCUGCCACGCUGAUACAGGCUAGAACUUGGGAGAAUCGGGAGGCCAGGUAGGACUGCAGGAGACCCUGUUUCAAACAGUCAAACAAAUACGGAAACGUGUGUGUGUGUGUGUGUGUGUGUGUGUUUUGAAACAAAGACAAUACCAGGAUCGGUGUCUUAAAAACCACUCUCACUGGGCUGGGAGUGUAGCUCAGAAGGUAGAGAGCUUGUGCGGGUCUGCAGAAACACGGUGUGGUGGUGCACACCUGCAGCUCUGUUAUUGGAAAGGUGGAGGCAGGAGGUCCAGGCCAGCCUGGAGCACAUGAGACUCUGUUUAAAAGAACAGCAUGUUUUGUUUUUAACUGAGUUACAAUUUGCCUAACAUUAAAGACACCAUCAGGUGCAGUUUGUUUAUAGAUUUCUUUAGUGGGCUGCAGAUAGAACCCAGGACUUUCAAGUGCUAGGUAAGUGCUCUACCAACUGAGCUAUAUCCCCAGCCUGAGUUUGGACAAUUUAGAGAAAUAUUUAUACCCAUUACCACAACCAAGACCCAUGAGAUUUCCAUCACCCCACCCCCACUAUUCCUUUACAAGUCAGUCCCUCCCUCUCUUCCUCCCCUAGUCCCAGGCAACCACUGACCAGCCUCCUGCCAUUUUAGUUUUGCCUGCGCCUGACUUUGGUGCGGAUGGGAUCCCAAGGUUGUGUGUGCAUCUCCUUGGGUUCAGUGUGUUGUUUUUGAGGUCCGAGUCUUUAUGGACAUCCAUAGUUCAUUUGCUUUUGAUCCCACAGCAUGGUCCCUUUAUUCUUUCGUCUGCUGAUGAAUGCUUGGGUUGUUUCCAGAUGGAGGUUGUUAGGAAGAGAGGUUUGUGUGCAAGUCCUCCUAUGUGCAUAGGCUUUCAUUGCUCUUGGGUAAGUUUCUAGAUGUGACUGCCAGGCAGUUUUCCAAAAGCCUGGUGCCACGUUCCAUCCCCACAUGGAAAUGUGUGGUGGUUCUGUUGCCCACGUAUGUGGCAACACUUGGCUCUGUCAGUCUCUUUAAUUUUAGCCACGCUGGUAGUUCUGAAGUCCUAUCUCACUGUGGCUUUAACUGUAUCCUAUUUAUUGAAUUGUAAAAAAUAUAUAAGUAUAUAAGAUAUAUAUGUAUAUAUGCACACACUAUCUCUCUGGAUACAGUUCCUCUCACUCUUUGGACUGAUCUUUCAUUUUCCUUUCUUAUGUAAGUCUAUUUAUGUAUGUAGUUUGAGAUACAUUCUCCUGUAAUCUAGGCUGCUGUGGAACUCAGUAUGUAGCCCAGGUGACCUUGAACUUGUGAUUCUCCUUCCACCUCCUGAGUGCUGAGAUUAUAGACUUGCAUCACCAUACCCCAUUUAUGCAGUACUGGGCACAAACGCUCAGGGUUUCAUGUACACCAGGCAAACUGCUCCAUCUGAGCCACACUCCCAACCCCUGUUCUUUGUAAGAUUAAAAAAACAAACAAUGAUAUAGUUCACAUUAUGUCCUCAUGAGAGUAGGAUCCCCAGGAGGCCAGAAGAGGGUAUCAGAGCUGGAGUUAUGGGCAGGCUGCUGUGAACCUGUGGGUAUGGGUGCUGGGAACUGA